UUUCGUCUCAUUAAUCAUAAACGUGUUAAGAACUCUGUAAAGUUUUGCACAGAAAAACGACAUAAAUCAGCAUGACAUCGUUACGUUUGAUGAAUAUUCUAGCUAUGGCCAUAACGGCCGUUGUGGUCAUCUUACCAUCUCAGCUGGAUGCCUAUUAUACACAAAAUACAGGUUGUUACCACAAUGGUACUUGGUACGCGGACAAAUCAUUAGUUCCCACAACCGAGAAAUGUCUCAACUGUCAGUGUACGAAGAAAACAUUGGUCUGCCGCUUAAAAGUUUGCCCAGAGAUGCCGAUGCCACCACCACGCGGCUGUGUCGUCGUCCAAAAGAAGAACACAUGUUGUCCGUAUCUGUCGUGUGCACGUUUAGAUGCCUUCUACAAGAUACCAGCCACGCGACGUAUUAUCGCUUAUUUGGAUCAUUACGAGCGUGAAUCAAUUGAUCGUGUAGUCAAUGACAAUAUGCUGCAGCGACGUUCCGACGAUACCGAUGUGGAUUUGUAUGUUUGUGUGAAAAAUGGAACUGUCUACAAAUCGGGUUCGGCAAUGUCAUCGUCAAAUCUCUGCACUUAUUGCUACUGCAUUGGUGGUACUGAAAAAUGUGUCAAACCUAAAUGUAUGUUACCGCUCGAAGGUUGUAAACCAAUUUUUGUCGAUUCAACGUGUUGCCCGGUACGUUACGAUUGCAGUACAAAACAAACUGGCAAAUCAUCGCAGGAGGUUCGCUAUCGUAAAACGGCCAAUAAACAUUAUUUACGUAUGUCACAAAGACUUCAACGAAAUCGUGGUUGCACAGUGGGUUCUCAAUUCUAUGCAGAGGGACAGAAAAUGAAAUCCGACAAGGAUAAACCAUGUGAUAUUUGUUUUUGUAUACGUGGUCAGAGGAAGUGUGCACCGAAGAAAUGCGCUCCAGCGUUGAGAAAUUGCAUACCCGUGGUACCGAAGGGUCAGUGUUGUCCCUCUAGUUAUGAUUGUGGUAGUCAGCGGGAUUAUCGCCGUUCACAAAAUUCAAGACAAUUUAAUCUGUUCUCUUUAUUAUUUGGCAAAGAUGAAGAGGAAGAUCAAGAGGCAAGUCCAUCGGAAAUUGCUGUGCAAUAUCCACCCGAUCGUCAUCCAGAGGUGGUGGAGAAACAACCGAUGAAAACUAAGCCACCCGGUGAGGUGGUGGUGUCCACAACAGAGAAAAGUAUUUUUGAUACUCUGCGGGAAGGUUUGGAAUUUAUAGACAACAACAACAAUAAUCAAAUGCUGAAAGAUAAUAUGGAUUUGACAGGGAUUCAACCAUCACCCACACCAAUACCAUUGGGGAGUAUCGCGGAGAAACCUUCAUCAACUACGGAGAUUAGUUUAUUAGAUCUAUUGUUGGGACCAUCAGAAAUCAAUGCUGAGGAGAAUUCUGCCGAAGAAGCUGAACCGGAAGAGAAGACCACGCCGAGUAGUAGUACUACAGGAAUCUCAUGGGUCGAUUUGUUAUUGGCUCCAGAUGAUGAUGAUCUAAGAACUUCAUCAACGGUAUCGGAUAAAAUUGAUGUUAAAGAGUCCUCUACGGUUCAGGAUCUAACAGAUUUCGAUGAUACCACCAGUACCGGCACCACCACUAUUGACCGAUUGGAUCGUAACAAUGUUACCGAUGAUGGUGAAGAAGAAGAUGAUUUGGGGGUGUUUAAAGCUGAGGACCAGGAUAAAUUAUAUUUGACCACAACUGAUGCUAUGGAUAGUACCAUGGAAACCGAGAGUGGUGAGGAGACAACACAGACCUUGCCCACCACUCUCAGUGAAACAACAGAGUUAACUAAUGUUACAACAAAAAGACCAAUUACCACCGAGAGCACCACAGCAAAAUUGCGGGUGGAAUUGAAAACAGAGAUGCCAACGACAAAAAGUCCACCUAAACUUCCUGUGAAAAAUAUCACCACAAAACCUGAAAUAAAACCCGAUAAUGGUCCAGAUUUACUAAGUGUGCUGCUAGAUGGCCUAAGUGGCAUUCUGUCAAGUGAUAAACCUCCGAAAAACUUUACAAAACCCGACAAUCAAACAAGUCUCAAACUUCCCCCUGUUAAAAUUGUCACCAAUAAUUUACCUUCCCCCAAACCUUUGCCAUUUUUCAAACCCCUGCCCACGGAUAAAACCUAUAGUCGCAUAAAUUCCAAAAUUGCAAAUCUCACCGUAAAACCUCCCAUGAUUUCCACAAAAAUAUUAACCAAUUCCACAUUUAAACCCCUCCCACCGCAUUUAAGCAAAAAUCCCAUAAUACCAAUUUCCGAAAGUCUGCUAAAAGAAGACACCUCAACAAGCAGCACCACAGCGGCAACAACUACCAGCAACACAUCACCAACAACAGUAAUAACAACAACAAGUACAACAACCUCCGCACCACCAACCAUAACAACAUCCACCCUAAAACCAGUUGUCAUCAAAACAAAUCCCACAAUUUUAGAAGCUGAACCACUGGAUCAAAAUACCGAUCAUACGCUACCACCAAGUUUACCCAAUCUCAAGAUAAUACCCUUCCUACCCACCGAUGCUGUUAAGGCAGAUCACAACAAACCACCCUCUUAUGACUUUUAUCAUCAUGGAUCGGGACCAACUUCGCGCAUAGAUUACGAUCAAUAUGACGAUGCCAAUUUAUACCCCUCGAUAACGGAAAAAUAUCCUCUCUAUCCAGAUUUGGAAGAUGGCAGUAAGGCGGAAUAUAUUUACAAAUUUAAUGUUGAAGGCCCCGAUUCAUUGGUUUCAUCACCACCGGGUAAAUUUGAUGGCACCUUGGGUUCACCAGCUUUUGUCAAAUAUGAUUUCUCCGCUGCAAACUUACAACCACCCAAGGGUUUUUCGCCACCCACCAAAACCGAGGGAGGUUUCGUACCCAAGGACCCAUUGAUUUUGGACGAUGAUCAUGAUAAUGUCAGUGUGAAUGUUGGUGAUAGUUAUCAAGUGACUCAGCAUAUCAUUGACAUUACUACAUCGGCGGAUGUCCUAAAUACCACUAAAGUUAUAGAAAUCACAACACCAGAUCCCUUCAAAGAUGUCAUUCGCACUGAACUGCCACCGGAUCUAACAUCGCUAAUCGAGGAUAAACUAAAAAAUUUGAUUACCCAAUCGAACUACAACAGCACCAUUGUCACAACCACUCAACAGCCAUCAAAGGAAAAUGUACAAAUCUCUUUUGACAUGAAUGUGGAGGAACAAUCAGUCAAGGCAACAGCAUCAGCAGCCGAAGCUCAUUUCCAUAAUGUAGAUUUGAAGGCAACGAACACAAUGACCGAUAUUGGAGAUAACAGCAAAAAAGUUACACAAGACAUGAGUGACAAACAAACCACAACAGGAAAAACAACGGCGAACAACCAUGCCGAAAAUGCCAUGAAUAAGUCUCAAACGGAGGAGCAUCAGGAUGAUGAUGAGGCUGAAAAAUCAAAUGAUGGAAAUUCGACUAUGCCAAAGGCUGGGGAUAUCAUCAAAUACAUGCCAGAGGAAAACAGCAAUACUAAGACGGACGGUUCAACAUUGACAGGCACUGGAACAACAGCAAAACCAAUAGACACAGCAAAACAAACAACAUUGACGACGUCAACCACAGCAACAACAACAAUCACCACUAAGGCCAGCAAAAGACCGGUCAUCAAGCAUAACAACAAUAAAACAAUUGCCCAUGCCACCAGCACUUCGACAUCAACGACGACAGCCAACAAUGCUAACAGACCGAACUUGAAAUUGACCAAAAACAAAGUGUCUGUCGGCCAGCCAAGUGCAACGGCAACUGAAACAAAGAUAUUGGCGUCAUCCGCAGUCUCAACGAAAACCAAAUCAUCGAAUGCAACACGACGUGUAACAAGCAAUAAACCGACAAGGCAACAUUAUCACAAUAAACCUAACUCCAGGCCCACGAACAUACCAGUUCAGGCAACAAAAAUGGCUAAUGCCACAGCCAAUGCGGCGAAGGGAUCAUCUGCACAGCAUCGAUUAAAUGGGACAAAUAUUGAGUCACAAUCCUCUGGCAAAAAUACAAAACGUACUGGCGCUGUAACGGUUGGCGCAUUACCAAACUCAUCUGCAACGAAGACGACAACGACAGCAACAACGAGGAGAACAUCAUUGCAAACAAAGGCACCACCACCAACGACAUCAUCGCCAUCGCCGCCAACAACAACAACCACAACAAAUCCAUUUUUAAUGUCACCUUUUGACAAAUUGCCUUUCAUGGAUGCCAGCUUUGAAGUGAAACGUAAUUCAGCAACGCCUUCAUUUGCAAUUCCAAGUCAAACCUUUUUAGUGGCCAAUGGACCGGCAGACGAUGGUCUUCCAUAUUUCUCAACAUCAUCCGGAACGUCAUCUUCCUCAUCUUCAGAAAAUCCAUAUUCAUUGUCUUCUGCGGAACAUAUUUCAUCUGUUAACCAUGCCAAAUUAAUGGCUGCACAACAUCAUCAUCCCUCCUUCAGUACGAGCAGCAGCAGUACGACCAGCACCACCACCACGACCUCUCAUGGCCAUGUUGAGGUGUCAACAUCAUUGCCUUCACGCAGCUCAGCAACGCUGAAUAAUUUAAUUGAUCCAAUUGGCAUCUUAAAAUUAGCCGGUUGUAAUAUCUAUGGACGCAUGUAUCGAGUGGGUCGAAUCAUACUCGAGCUGUCCUCACCAUGUCAGGAGUGUCGAUGUACCGAAAUUGGUGUUAAAUGUUCUCCAUUGGAGUGUUAG